AAAGAACUACAAACAGCCUCUCUGCGAUACUAACGGACAGCACUCAACACCGCCCACACCGGCUCUCUCGGCUACAGUUUUGUCAGGCAGCAAACUUCCUGAAUGAGACACAAACCCACAACAAGAAAGGCAGAGUAUCCUGUAUAAGCAAAUAUCUACCUGCUGUCGUCUUAUCUCUUAUUUUACCGCUUAUUUAUCACCGGAUAAUUAGCGAUAUAGCCGCGCUUGUUCGCUAAGGACGGACUUGUUCACCUGCUCUAAGCGGCUAAUCUGAUGUUAGCAGGCUAAACGUUACCUAAGUUAGAUAUUGGUCGCUUUUCAACAUUACCCAUCUCCGUCACAGCGGCUUGUCUUCUCUUCCGUGACAACAUCUCACCGCAGGUCCUUGUCUGCUCCCAUUCUGUCAGUCUCCUUGAGUGAUUGAAUGCGGUGAAACUGGCAUCAGUGGACAAGCGCACACGUAACGGGCCAUUGAUUGGUCAAGGAUGACCAUGGAGGACAUGAAGAAUGAAGCCGACACUUCCUCAAGAGUCUCUAUGGCUCUCUACACCGUGAUGUAUCCUGUCUUUAACCAGUUGGAGGAAGUCAACUUAUCAGCAGCGCAGACAUUGAGGGCAGCCUUUAUAAAGGCAGAAAAGGAGAACCCAGGGCUGACCCAGGACAUUGUUAUGAAAAUACUGGAGAAGAAGAAUUUAAAUAUCAACUAUUAUGAGUCUCUACUUCGCAUGGCCGCAGAAGACGUGGAAGAGUUCAUGAUUGACAGGCGAGAGCCGGAGUUCCAGGAGCUGAAUGAGAGGGCCCGAGCUCUGAAACACAUCCUCAGCACCAUACCAGAUGAGAUCAAUGACAGAGUAGGCUUCCUACAGACCAUCAAAGACAUUGCCAGUGCCAUAAAGGAGCUGCUAGACACAGUUAAUACAGUCUUCAGGAAAUACCAGUAUCAGAAUAAACGGGCACUGGAACAGCAGAAGAAAGAGUUUGUGAAAUACUCCAAGAGCUUCAGCGACACUCUCAAAAUUUUCUUCAAAGAUGGAAAAGUGAUAAAAGUGUUUGUCAGCGCCAACCAGCUCAUCCACCAAACCAACAUGAUACUGCAGGCCUUCAAGACUGUGGUGUAGAAGCCAGAGAAGAUGACGCACAGAGACAAGACGUCUUUAUUAGAGAAUACAUGAAAUGAGGCUUUGUAAUUUGCAAAGACAUUUUUAUUAUUUUGGGCUGUAUAAUUUAUAAUUCUGUGGCUUUGAGGGGAGAUCAGGUGGUUUGAGGUUCAAAGCAAAUCAGGUUGACAGUAAUUGCCAGGGAUUUUUAACUCUCUUUAAUGUUGUUCUUUUUAUCAGAUUCUUAAGUCGAUAUUUCUUCAUUCCUUUAUAUAUUUCUCCUUCUCUGUUCAUUUCUGUGAAGGUCUGAAGAAAUAUUCAGAAAAUGUGAUUAUUUCCCAUGUCCUUAAAAGUUCUGUGAUUGCAAAAGUCUUAAAAAAUACAAUGAUGAAGAAGUUCCAAACACA